GAUGGUGGAGAUUUCUCAACUGAAUGAAGAUCUAUUGGGUCAGAUCCUGAAACGGGUCAGCGACCCGGAUGAAAGGAAACGGGUUUCCCAAGUCUGCAAACAAUGGUUCAUACUCGAGCGUCUAACCAGAACGUCACUCACUUUUCUCGAACUCCGUUUUCUCCUUCAGGUACUUCCUCGAUUCCCGAAUCUAGUUACAUUUCAGACAUCCGAGCCUAUCUUCAUGGACGCAGACCUUAAAUUCUUAGCCCAAACAUGUCCCAAGCUGGAGACCCUCAAUCUCGACACCACAAAACGCAAAUCAGGGUUUUUACCGAUGAACGGUCUUCACGCUCUGUCACUUGGCGGCGGCCUUCCGAAAUUGUCCGAGCUUUUUCUCUUUGGGAGAGAUAAUGUAGUCGUUGAUAAAUGGUUACAUGAGUUGCCACAUGAUAAGUUGACUUGUUUGGAUUUGGGACACUGCAGGUUUGUCGAUGACAAAGGGUUGGUAGUAAUUGGGGAUAUGUGUACUAGUUUGCGUUACUUGAAUUUGGCAAAGUCCAAGAUUUCGGACUUUGGUUUGAGAUUGUUGGCAAAUGGAAGGUGCUCGAAAACCCUCAGGACAUUGGUGCUUUCUCAAUGCUGUUAUAUAACUGAUUUGGGGUUGGCGCAUUUGCGGAAUAUGCAAUUCUUGGAAGUGCUGGAUUUGGACUACUGCGGGGAGGAAGUCACCGAUAUUGGAGUUAUAGCUGCAGUCUCUUCAAAUCGAUCCCUCAAGAAGUUGAACUUGAGUUUGUUGAGGAAUGUGUCGGACCAAAGCAUGGUGUUUCUUGCUGAGAAUUGCCCCAACUUACAGUUUCUUGAUUUAAGUGGUACUAAUGUUACUGGUGCCGGAGUUCGUGCAUUUUCUGGUCACAGGUGCCUAGAGUCUCUUGAUUUGCACGGGAGUGGUGAAUUUUGUUGGUGCGAUAUCGAGUACUUGGUGCUUGGAUGCCAGUCACUCAAGUCUGUCCACCUGUCUAGGCCGCCUAUGGACUCAGUUCCAGAAAGCGUUAGCAGAAUUGUGACAUUGACUGAUUUGUGGUGAAGACAACUUCAACUUCACCAGGUGGCUCUGUGGAAGUGCGUGGAAAAGGUUGUAGCAAGUUGAAGUUGAAUCAGAUGCCAGAAAGCGAUGGGAGAAUUGUGAGGUUCUUUUCAUGCCCAAAUUUGGAGAAUGUUUGGUUCUGUUUUGAUACUUUUUUGGUUUCUUUAUCUAUCUAUUUAGUUUGAG